UGUUAAGAUAAUGAAAGACAUGUCCAAAAAGAUUUUUGAAAAAGAAAAUUAAGCAGAAGUGUCAAAUAAUCCUAGAAAUUAAAAUAAAUCCUUAACUUAAUUGGUCUCAUUAACAUUAAUAGGUGGAAAUAGAAGUAAUGGAUUAAUAAAUAUAAAUAAGAAAAUGAAUAUAAGAGUAUAGAGCUUAAAAAUAAUUAUACAUCAAUUUCAUCACGUCCAUUAGUAUUCUGUAAACCAGAAUCUAAACUAAAAACAUAAACAGUUCCUUCUCCAUAAAAAUUAUCUCCUAUGAAACCAAAACAAGUAGAAACAUAAUCUAAUGAAUUGUGUAAAUUAAUCAACAAUUAUUCUGAACCUAUUUUAGAAUAUUAUUUAGAUUUAAAUGUAACAAUACAUAAAAUCAACAAAUAUAGAAUUAAACACCAAAAAAUUGUUUAUCCAAUCAUACAGUAAGUGCAAAUCUAAGAGCAAAAAUGGUUGAUUGGAUGGUUGAAGUGCUUACAUCUUAUAAAUGCAAAGAUUAAACAUUCUUUUUAGCCGUUAAAUUAAUGGAUUCCUAUCUAUCUAAAACAUCAUAAAAGCAUAUUCCUCAAGAUUUACAUUUAGUUGGUGUAACUACAAUGUUUAUGGCAUGUAAAUUCGAAGAAAUUUAUCCUGUUAAAUUAUAAGUUGUGCAUGAAAAGAUUGCUCAUAAGAAAUUAACGAAGGAUGAAAUAAAAGAAAAAGAAACAAAUAUUUUAACGACUUUAGAUUUUAGUUUAGUUGGUAUCACAAUUUUAGAUAUUAUUACAAUUGUACUCUCCAUUUUAAAUAUGAAUUAAUAGUUAUAUUAAAUAACACUAUAUUUAUCAAAAUUGGUAAGUAAAUUAUUAUAUUAUUUAUAGGCUCUUUAUGAUUAUGAAUUUGUUAAUAAACAUACAUAUGUAUAAAUUGCAUGUGCUGCUUUAAUUGUAAGCACAAAAAUAGUUGAGUAAAUUGAUUAAUCACUUUCAUCAGAAGUAAUAAUACCAUUAAUAGUUUCAACAUUGAAAAUUGAAAAUUCAGAUGCUAUGGAAUCAGCCAAUUAAUUAUUGAAUUUUGCUAAAGGAUUUGAUAAAUAAUAUCCAAAUUUAGAAAAUUUAAAGAAAUUUAGUAAAUUUUAAUUGUCAGAUAUUUUAAAAACCUAACCUUGA